GACUUCUCAACAUUAUACUUGUUUCCCCCAUUUCAUCACGAGAAAUUCAUCUAUAAAUACCGUGCAAAAAGACCCCAAAUUCCUCACUGCUUACCAAAAAUUAUUUCUCAUUCUAUCUGUGUACCCCUUCUUUCAUCUAUUUACCAAACAGAAAAAAUUAAGAUGAAGAACUUGUCCUUUGUAACAGUGUGUGCGGUGGCGAUGGUAGCCGCAGCAGUGCUGUUGUCGGAAGCGCCGAGUGCAGAGGCAGUGACGUGCAGCCCACUGCAGAUGAGCUCAUGCCUGUCGGCCAUCACUAGUGGAUCUCCGCCGUCGAGUCAAUGCUGCGCCAAGCUCAAGGAACAGAAGCCUUGCCUCUGUGGGUAUCUCAAGGACCCUAAUCUUCGCCAGUAUGUCAACUCUCCUAAUGCUAGAAAUGUUGCUGCCAAGUGUGGUGUUUCCUUACCCAAAUGUUGAUCCACUACUAGUCGUGAACAUCAUCCCUUCCAUAUUAUUAUUAUAAAUAAGACACUUGUUCACUCCUCUUCAAUACUGCUUACGGAAAAUAAAAUAUAUAUUAUUUGUGUUUGAGUAUUUUAUAUCAUAAACAAUAUUAAUUAUAUAUAGCAAUCCUUUCAUUUGAAUAUGAUGGGUUUAACAAUUAAUAUAUGUAGUAUUGUAUUGCAGGUUCUUAAUUAUAUAUAAAAGAGUACCUUUUUAUUA